CGGUGUGUGACAGACCCCUUGGCGAGGGAGCGAGGAGGCGGCGGCGGCGCGCGUCGUUAAGUGUCGCGUCGUGCCCGCGCCUCACUCCCGCCCCCUCCGCCCUCUUUCCCUCACCCGCUCCCCCCCAGGUGUCAGGGGCAUCCGCCGCCGCCCCCUGCCAUGGUCCCCCGCCCGUCGCCCUGGAAGCAGGAGGAGCUGGGGCGGCGGCCGCCAUUGCCUGAGGGGGCUGCGAGGCGGCGAUGAGAGGAUGGACGCGGACGAGGUGACCAUCCGCGAGCAGAACUUCCACAGCCAAGUGCGGGAGUACACGAUCUGUUUUCUUCUGUUUGCUAUUCUCUAUAUUGUUUCCUACUUCAUUAUCAGAAGAUACAAGAGGAAAGGAGAUGAGCAAGAGGAUGAAGAUGCUAUUGUCAAUAGAAUUUCGCUAUUCUUGAGUACAUUUACUCUUGCAGUUUCAGCUGGUGCUGUCCUCCUUCUACCUUUCUCAAUAAUCAGCAACGAAAUCCUGCUCUCUUUUCCACAUAGCUACUAUAUUCAGUGGUUAAAUGGAUCUCUAAUUCAUGGGUUAUGGAAUCUUGUUUCUCUCUUUUCCAACCUUUGUUUGUUUGUACUGAUGCCCUUUGCUUUCUUCUUUCUGGAGUCGGAAGGCUUUGCUGGCUUAAAAAAGGGGAUCAAAGCACGCAUUUUGGAAACCCUUGUUAUGCUCAUUCUUCUUGCACUGCUUAUCCUUGGAAUCGUUUGGGUGGCUUCAGCUCUCAUAGACAAUGAUGCUGCGAGUAUGGAGUCUUUGUAUGAUCUUUGGGAAUUCUACCUCCCUUAUUUAUAUUCCUGUAUAUCACUGAUGGGAUGUUUAUUACUUCUACUAUGCACACCAGUGGGACUUUCACGAAUGUUUACAGUGAUGGGUCAGUUGCUUGUGAAGCCAACGAUCCUUGAAGACUUGGAUGAACAGAUAUAUAUCAUCACCUUAGAAGAAGAAGCUAUCAUGAGGAGGCUAAAUGGGAUGUCUUCACCAGUGGAGUACAACACAAAGCAGCUGAAACAGGAACUAAGUAAUGUGAAGAGUAUGAAGACAAAACUGGAACGACGGAAAAAGGCUUCAGCUUGGGAGAGGAAUCUUGUGUAUCCAGCUGUAAUGAUCCUGCUGCUAAUUGAAACUGCAAUCUCCGUCCUCUUGGUUGCUUGCAAUAUUCUUUGCCUGCUGGUUGAUGAAACUGCAAUGCCAAAGGGGUCAAGGGGGCCUGGCAUAGGAAAUGCCUCUCUGUCCACAUUUGGUUUUGUGGGAGCAGCACUUGAGAUCAUUUUGAUUUUCUAUCUAAUGGUCUCUUCGGUUGUUGGCUUCUAUAGCUUACGCUUUUUUGGAGAUUUCACUCCCAGAAAGGAUGACACAACGAUGACAAAGAUAAUUGGGAACUGUGUUUCGAUCUUAGUCCUCAGUUCAGCUUUGCCAGUUAUGUCAAGGACACUGGGUAUUACUAGGUUUGAUCUCCUUGGAGAUUUUGGAAGGUUUAACUGGUUAGGAAAUUUCUACAUCGUGCUAUCCUACAAUAUCCUCUUUGCCAUUGUGACAACCCUGUGUCUGGUUAGAAAGUUCACCUCUGCAGUUAGAGAGGAGCUUCUCAAAGCAUUAGGUUUAGACAAGCUUCACCUCUCACACAAUGCAAGAGACUCUGAGGCUGCAAAGCCAUCUGUAAACGGGCACCAGAAAACACUGUGAAAAGCAGGUGGUGGAACCGAGCCCUUUUGACUUCAUGACAUUCCUGUCACUUCAUAGCACUUGUUUUUGUAUUGCUUUUUCUUGUUUGUAUAUUGGGUCCAAGUUGAUAACAAAAAAAAUUGCACCCAAGAAAGCUGGGUGUAUCAGACUGUACUCUCUUCUUGCUCAGAUUGAUCCAUGUUAAAUUACUGUGUCAGCUGGCGCAGAAUUGUCUUGAAACCUGGAAGCGGAAAAGAAAACUCCAUUCCUCUUUGGAUCCACCUCCAUAUUGAUCUAUCAACAUAUUAGGCCAAGAAUCUCCUGAGCAUAAACCCUUUGCUGAAGAAUUAGGCUGGGUGUCUGAGAUGAGCCUUGCAAGUUGAAAAUGGCAAAUCCUUUACUAGAGUUGCUGCUUUUUCAGUAAAAUUGCAUUAUGAAAACGGACAACUUAUAGAGAAUAUGGUAAGAUCCAGGAUCAGUACAUUCAUUGUCCGUCUGAUGAGUUUCCACUGUCAUUGUGUCUUAAGAUACCAGCAGUUCCUGGUUCUAAAUAACCAACUGGCCUACAGUUAUCACUAAAGGUAACUUCCACUGAGACUCAUGAAUUACACAAUAACGUAAGCCUAGGUUGCAGUGCUAAAUUGUAAUUUCACAGACCUCUGAUUGUUGUGUACAUAAUCAUGCAUUUUAGGGCAAUCACACAACUCCAUUAAAUGCACAGAGAAUUCUGUUCAUUCCCUUCUGUGUAAUGUGUCGCCUUAUAUGCAUAAGCAGUGAGAAAAGGAUACCAUAGCACACAACUUCCACAAGUGUUAAAACAAUUAUCCCACUCUAGGUGCCCUGGGUUAAGUGUGCAGUGCAUUAGACUAGACCAUUUUUUCAUUGUUUCCUUUGUUGAUCUAUCUUUUUAAAAAACAUGGAGUAAUCAGGUAGCAGAUUAUAAACUCCAGUUUUUUAAAUAUGAAAAUAUAGAUUCCAAUUAAGGCAUGCAAUUUUCAUUGAUAUUGUUACACUUUAGCAAAUCUUGUGUGUAACAUAUGAAUCUGAAGGAAGUUAGCAUACAUACUGUGAGUAGAGGUAGGUAGAUUGUAAAGGCUAGCAUGACAUUUUAUGAAACUUUGCUGAAGGUUUGUAGUUCUUGGAUGAUGAAGUGACACUGGCCAUUCAUAGAUGAGCACAUUUUAUAAGUUAGAUCCCAUAAGGUUAACUGGAUCUUCACAACUUUAAUGUUUUACCUCACUUUGAAAAUAUCAGUAUUAUAUUAAUCUCAGUAAGUCCAAAACUGGGUUUUGAUGUGUUGUACAAUGUUGAAAUAAUUCUGCAAAUUAUCCUGCUUUUUAAGAAAGUUCAGAAUGUUACUAGAUUCAUUUGGGCUCACAAGCAUUUUCUACACUGUUUGAAAUCAGUGUAGAGUUCCUGGAUAAUAGACACUAUUCUAAGUUUCAUAUGAUUUCUUAUGAAAAUUAAUCUUGCAUUAAAUUUUGGAAGGUAGCAUUUAUAGUAAAUACAUUAUAGAAUUUUUUCUAAUAUUGUCAGUGGAAAUGACAACUAGAGCAGAUGCAGGACAGAACUUAUUUUCAUAAAACUGUUUCUGGGAACUGGAAUAAAUUGUAAACUGGGGGCUUUUUGCCACAGUGGAAGAUGUAGAGAAAUCGACUCACUCAGUGACAUUGUUAGGGUAAUCAGAUUAAGCCAGGAUAUGCACAAGUGCUGUGCACCACAUACAGCACCCUGCACAUAAGUGGGGAAAGAAGCCAGGAAGCUGUAGUUAUGAGUUAACUAUAACUUCACAUCACAUGCAAAUGGGAAAAUUAAUGGCUUCUGAACCAGCCAACUUGUGGAUAAGCUUGUUUGGAAGCUGUUAAGCAAGGGAAGUUGCAAUGAACUUCUGCUUCCUGACUUGUUUUUCCAUUCACAUUCACAGCAUUUGAUUAUCUGAACCAGGCCCGAGAGUUUAGAUAUUGAGACCCUGUAUCUCAGUUUGAAAUGGUAGUAAUUGGUUUUAGGAUUUUUAGUGUGCUUGGCACCUCCACUCAACACCACAUUGAAACAUAAUUGUUCAUGCCGUAAUAGUAAUAUGCCUACAGGAAAAAAAGUGGAUUCUGUAUAGUAAAGGUACAUCAACAGUAUGCUUAUUACCAUAGCUACUGCAGUCAACAUAUAGAUGGAUCCAACUGAAUUUGAAAGCAUUUGUGAUUCUGUGGCUAUCAUUCUUUGGACAAAGUUCAUACCAAAUUACUGAGAAUUUUAAUCCAUGUUCUUCAUAGGUAGAGAGUUGACUUAGACAAAUUUGCAAAUUAAACAUCAAAGACAAUAAAUGCAGAUGGCAUGAGGAAUCUCCGUAAGUACCUUAAUAAACUUGGGUUAGUUCACCUGUAAGUGCUGUACUGUACAGCCCCAUUCAAAUCAGGAGCUGUGCAAGAGGAAACGCUUCCCUGAAAAUGUUGCCUUUGGUUAUCCUGGGGUGGUUAGCAUUAAUGGUACAUGGUAUGAAACCUGCCCCCAUCCCCAAAAAUCAUUUGAUUAGUGAAGGCUCCAUCUCAAUUCUUAUAAUUUCUUAGGAUCAGGUGUGCAACUUAUCCUAUGUACUGGUUUGCAUCUCAAUCAGGGGUGGGGUACUUUCUUUCCCUCUCAAGGGCCACUUUUGGGACAAUAUUUGUGGUGCUAAAUAGGCCAGUGAUGGGUAGGACCUCUUCCUCCCCUUUCAUUCCCUGCCCCUUCCCAGCCGCUUGCAUGAAAUUAGGCCAAAGUCUAAGCUGCCCCCUGUAAAGUUUUAAUGCCUUUGGCACGAAAAUAGGAGGGAUCUAUCUAGUAAUGUGACCAGUGCCAUUGCAGCAAAUCAUUGUUUCCUGCUGAUACAAGAAUAAUACAGGCCAUCUCACCCUGUGAAAUUGAAGUAUAAGCUGGCUAUUGCUGCCUCCCACACCCAAACUUACACAAAAAUCCACAAUGCAUCACUCUGGAGAUGCAUGUGAAAUAAGAGUCACUGGAAGGGGGGCAGAUUCAGCACCUCCCCCCAUUAUAAAUAUAUGUGAUGGUCUCCUGUUCCUUGACUUUGUCCAUGUGAAAUUGUUAAAAUUGUCAUUUUAUCCCUCAGUUGAAAAUUAUUUUACAGAUGAAGUUCUACUUUCAAAUAUAGUGAUAAAAAUUACACGUAAAUACUUAAAGUUAUAAAGGCUUAAAUGUGUUUAAGUAGAUGGUAAUUAGUAAUUCUUUGAUGGAUACUAGUAAUGUAUUCCUAGUGGUUUGACUCGUGUAGUCAAGUGUUUUGUACCUUUUUUUUAAGGUACAAAAACCUCUACUUCAGUCAUAAACCAUCUGCCUCGUUAUGAGGCUAAAGCACAAAUAUGCUUUUCUUGUAUGAGCUAGAUGUAUAUCAAAUCAGACCAAAAAUGUAUGCAAGUUAAGUGUCUUAAGUGCGCCAUUGUUUGGCUUUCUCCUCCACUGGUACACUGUGUUAACACAGCGUGACAGAAUUGUUGUUGCAAAGUCUGAGCACAUCUUUACUCUCUAGCUUUUUAAGCUAAUGUCAAGCAGACAUAGAGGGGUUAUUUAGAAGUUGGCUUCACUAGGACACUUUGUUUACAGAUUGUAAUGUGACGUUUACCUUCACCUCUUUCUCCAAUCUCUUUUACACAGUUGCCUGUUUUACAGUGUCAAUUAAAGGAUUUGACAAUAUGUUCUUCUACA